AUGUCGAAAGGAAGCAUGAGUAGACUGAAGAAUCGGAAAAGGCAAACAGAGCCAAAGAGACUGCGAGUAGAACCCAAACGCGGUGUAUUGGCCAAUAAAUCUACCAACGAGUCUACCUCUCCCGGUCGCGAUUGUGCCAGGACUCCCACGACGGCUGCCCUACCUCAAGAGGUAGCUUUAGUUAAGGCAGAAGCAGCGGAGAAUUGGCCCAUCACUUACCUCGAGAAUGGCGACUUUUUUGUGGAAACUAUUUGUUCGGCGGCUAUAGGCGAUUUCCAAGAAAGCGGUCCUUUUGGCGAUACGAGCAACAGAGAAAUCAACAAAUCUGGAGAGGAAUUUCACCAUUACGAUGUUCUGGAUGAGCUACUGUGCGAGCAAGUGGAUCCGGCCGUGAGCUUGGUCCCCACUCCGAGAUCCAAGGAAGCAAGUGCUUUAUUAGCCAGAACGACCAAUCACAGUUUCGACUGGGAUGCCUCAGGGAAGGAGAAACCUACCAUUACUUGGACCAAUACUAUCCAGAAUUUCAGGUCCAGACUUGAAGCUCCAUACAGCAGGCUCACUUCUGGCUACUGGAAUGGGAAAAUAUAG